AUGACGCCCUCCCGACGUUACGCCGACUACCCACGGGCGCAGGAGGCGUCCUACAUCAGCUACAAGGUCGAGGAGGACAAGAACCCUGCCAUGCGCGGCUUGCCCCUGGCCAUUGGGGCUGCCAUUGUCACGAGGAGCACCGCCAUCCAGCGGUUCCUGUACGGCAAUGCCGGCUUCAGCAAGCUGACCAGCGUCGAGGGGCUGAACACGCACAGGUGGAGGUUUGACCCAACCGUCAUACCGCUGGCUGAUGACCCCAGCAAACCAGCCCCGGCGCCGACCUUCGAGGAGGAGCUGCUCCGGCCGCAGCCGGCCGGGAGCCCGGGCCAGUGGGCGUCGUUCGCAGACUACCACGCGCUGUACAAGACGGGCAAGGUGACGCCGCUGCAGGUGGUGGAGGCGCUGCUGCCCGUCAUCAACCGGGCGGCGGCCAGCCCGACCGAGUACUCCAAGGCGUGGCUGGACAUCCACGAGGACGAGGUGCUGGCGGCGGCGCGGGCGUCGACGGAGCGGUGGGCGCGCGGGCAGCCGCUGGGCGUGCUGGACGGCGUGCCGUUCGGCGUCAAGGCCGACUGCGAGGUCAAGGGCUACGUCAACACGAUGGGCAUGGCGGUGCGCAAGGAAUACGACUACUUCAACCGCCCGGCCGACAAGUCCCUCUGGCCCGUGCUGAAGCUCGAGGAGGCCGGCGCCAUCAUGGUCGGCAAGAUGAACCAGCACGAGAUCGGCAUGGACACCACCGGCUGCAACCCCAACACCGGCACCCCGACCAACUGGUACAACAAGGCCUACUACCCGGGCGGGUCCUCGUCGGGCGCCGGGUCCUCGCUGGGCGCCGGCCUGGUGCCGCUGUGCAUCGGCACCGACGCGGGCGGCUCCAUCCGCAUCCCGCCCGCCAUCGCCGGCCAGUACUCGCUCAAGACGUCCCACAGCCGCACCACCGUCAUGAACAGCAGCAUGUGCAUCGUCGGGCCCAUGGCCUCCAACGUCGCCGACCUGACCAUCGCCUACCGCCUCGUCGCCCAGCCCGACCCCUCCGACCCCGUCGCGGGCCUCUUCGCCCCCUCCGCCCGGCCCCCCUCCCAGGGCGACAGGAAGCUCCUCGGCCUCUGCCACCCGUGGAUCGCGCGCGCCACCCCGGCCGUGCGCGAGCACUUCGACCGCGCCCUCGAGUACUACACCAAGACCCUCGGCUACGAGACGGUCGACAUCGACCUGCCGCUCCUGCGCGAGGGCCAGGUGGCGCACGGCGCGACGUGCCUAGCCGAAGCAGCCGACCACGCGCGCGACCGCGUGAACCCCGGCAACGCCAAGGCCGGCCAGCACUGGAGCGACCUGAUGAGCGCGGCGAACCAGGUCAUGACGGCGGUGGGGUCGCAGACGACGGCCAACGACUACAUGAAGUUCGCGCAGGUGCGCGCCACCAUCAUGUCGCACCUGGCGUUCCUGUUCGAGCGGCACGGCGCCGGCCUGCUCAUCGCCAGCCCCAUGAUGCCCGACGUCGGGUACGCCGUCACCCCGGGCGACGAGCGCUACGGCUUCACCGACGGGAACCGCGCGCUCCGGAGCAUGACGUACGCGUGGCUCGCCAACACGAGCGGGUGCCCUGCCGCCACCGUCCCCGUGGGCUACGCCGAGGUCGACAAGGGCGAGGGCAGGCUGCCUGUCGGCAUGCUCGCGAUGGGCAUGUGGGGCGAGGAGGAGAGGCUGCUUGCUUGGGCCGCCGAGGGCGAGAAGUAUAUCCGUGAGGUGUACCCCGGCGGCCGGCUCAGGCCCGAGGGGUGGGUCGAUGUCAUCGGGCUGGCGCGGGAUGGCAAGACGGAGGGGCCUACGAUCCCGAGCUAA